AGGAGACACACCUCACUCCGGGCAGGGAGAGACACCUGCAAACACACAGAUCCGGGACAGGCACCCAAGCCAGAGACUGCACCCACCCAGCCUCCCCUGCUGCACCCCCACACACCAAGAUGGCAUCAGCCAAUGACACUCGCCAGCCCCAGAAAGAUGCCGCUGACCAGAGUUUCGAUUACAUGUUCAAACUCCUGAUCAUCGGCAACAGCAGCGUGGGAAAGACCUCCUUCCUGUUUCGCUACGCAGACGACUCCUUUACCUCCGCCUUCGUCAGUACGGUGGGGAUCGACUUCAAGGUCAAGACGGUGUACAGGAACGAGAAGAGGGUCAAGCUGCAAAUCUGGGACACAGCUGGCCAAGAGAGGUACCGCACAAUCACAACAGCAUAUUACCGGGGUGCCAUGGGCUUCCUGCUCAUGUAUGACAUCUCCAACUUGGAGUCCUUCAAUGCUGUGCAGGACUGGGCCACCCAAAUUAAGACUUAUUCCUGGGACAACGCACAGGUUCUGUUAGUAGGCAACAAAUGUGACCUGGAAGACGAUCGGGUGAUCCCUGCUGAGGAUGGGCGGAAACUGGCAGAGGAACUAGGAUUUGAGUUUUUCGAAGCCAGCGCCAAAGACAACAUCAACGUGAAGCAAGUAUUUGAACGCCUGGUGGACAUCAUCUGCGAGAAGAUGAACGAGAGCCUGGAGAACGGGCCUGUCCCGAGCGGCACUGCCCAGCUCAGCGAGUCUGCCCCCAAGGAACACAGCAACUGCUCCUGUUAAAACGCCAACGUCAAAUAACCCACCCGAUUCUAAGAGACUGCUCCCGUUAGAUGGCCGCCAGUGAACUGCUGCUGACGGAGCCACCCGCGACCUCCGUAACCAAUCAGGGGCAGGGUGACCGCUCUUGUAGGACUGACAGCUGAGCACAACUGCUCCUACCAAAGCCAUCCAUAGAUAUAGCAAGAUUUCCUUUAUGUAGGCCCUACCUAUACUGGCACUAGGCUGCAGGGACACUGCCAAACACAUUGAGAAAUGAAGAGGAAGCGACAAGUCCAGUUUUAUGGAGACCAAACCCCCAUCCCCAAUAAGCAUUUAGGUGAGACCUUGGAUGCCCCGGAAAGGAGAAACGUUACAGACUCCAUCCAACAGGGACGAUCUCUAUGUGGGUAACCCUUUCUCUGCCACAACCCAGCUCUCUGCAUGACACGGCAACACUCCUAUACUGGCAGCGUUGGGGUUGGGGGGCCAGGGGAGUCUGUUCUAUACACUAAGUGCCAAAGAGGAACCCACCGUGACCUUAAAUUCUUCAUUCGUAGAUGUAACACGUUACAGACGCUCUGCAUGUAUUUCAGUCACUCCAUGUGAAGGGGUUUUACAGAAAUGACUGGGGUCGUUAUCAUCGUGGCAAGGGGCGAAGCGAUGGGCCCCCCUGAAUGUCAUGCAGUUGUCUAUAGUCCCUGUGUAACUUACUGUCCGGUCUAAAAAAACACUUGAAAUGUUUACAUUUUUUUAAAUAAAAGGAAUUUUCCUUUUAUUAUAUCUA